GAGCGAUGGCUACGCAGUGCGGGAGCCGCGGCGGCUCACCGUGGGGUGGGGGCGUCGAACCGGCGCGGGGCCACCGUUGGAGCGGAGGAGAUGGCCGGCGACUCGGCGAGCGGAGCAGGGGAGAGAGUGCCCGUCCGGGCGAGGGCUGAACCGCGCGGCGGCGAGGAUGGAGACGCACUUCGAUCCCCUUCGGCAUCCUCCGUCGCCGCAGCAAGCACUGGUAAUUCAUUCCUUGGACCUAGGCUCCUUGAUCUAUCAUACUUGUAUUCUUAUUUAAUCGACUCGUGGUUCACGCCUAGCAAAAACGUCAUCCUGCUUACCUCCCUUCCUUCCCCAUGUCAUGUGGUAGCUAACUGUUCCUUCUUCUUCUUAAUUAAUCGCCUCGUGGUUCUUGAUUUCUUGUCCCAUCGAGCAAUGCUUCCUUUCUUAUUGAAACGAGUUAAACGAUAAGGUGGUGGUGCCAGCUGCCAGGCUACCAGGAGUUGUAGCUGUAAUUAAAAAAAAAAUUCGAGGGCCAUCAGCGAGUCUCAUGCUGAAUUUUUAUUGUUAUCGUCUUGUUUCGUAUGCUACCAAAGCUUGCAUCUACUGACAGUGAUAAUAUAACUGCUGUAGUAAAGCAUCGAAACCUCCUUUAUCAAGCAUUGACUUUGUUUAGUCGUCACCAAUGACCCAAUUGAUCUGUUAUUUCUAAAGCAAACAAGUCACCUUCACAAGCUCCUUGAUUGCUGGACUAGACCAGCGCGCGCCACCUUCACUACUACCAAUUCACAUUGUUAUCCGGCCCGAUCCCCGUUUGAGCUGUAGCUAUGUUUAACUUAAUUAGUUUAGAGAAUGGUUUCUAGGAUUGAUGCCUCUUGUGCACUGUGCAAGGUCAAGGACAUCAUUUCGAAUGGCUCUAGAGGCAAAACAAAGCUGAAUCUUUUAAUGCACCGGACCUGAUCGAAUGGAACAUGCACUUGGUCUGGAGUACCCAUUGACUAUGCCAAUGCUAGCUAUAAAAGGAGCCAUCAAGGGCUCUCCAAAAGUGCACGCACAUUGCUACCUUCCUACCGGCGUACUGUCCUCUGCAGCGCGCCCACAGAACUCCCACCACAGACACCAACUAGCCCCGCCCGACGGCGCUCGGGACCAUCCCGACCGUCGGAGGAGAUGGAGACUGCCAUCGGCGCAGCGGGCUGGCUCGUCGGCAAAGUGCUGGAUAAGCUGUCCGAUGACUUGGUGGCCGCGUAUGUGGCCAGCUCUGAGCUCGGCCUUAACUCCGAGCAGAUAAAAAUCAAGCUCAAGUACAUGCAAGGGUUGCUGGACGCGGCCCAGGAGAGGGACGUGAGCAGCAGCCCUGGCCUGCAUAGCUUGCUGGAGGACCUGAGCAAGAAGGCUGAUGAGGCUGAGGACCUUCUGGAUAAGCUCCACUACUUCAUGAUCCAAGAUCAGUUGGACGGCACCCAGGAGGCCGCCCCAGAUCUGGGUUAUGGCCUGCGUGGGAAUGCUCUCCAUGGCCGCCAUGCUGCUCGCCAUACCAUUGGUAACUGGCUUCAAUGCUUUUGUUGCUCGCCUACACAAGAUGAUCAUUGUGCUGCUUCUACUGUUGUUACUGCUAACCCACACAAUGCAACCAAUUCUGAUAGUGGUAAUGUUGGGAAGAUGAAAUUUCACAGGGUGGACAUGUCAAACAAAAUCAAGUCAGUGAUAGAGGACAUACACAACCUAUGUGACCCUGUCUCUAACUUGCUCGACAAAAUUCAAACUAAUAGCACAGCUGUCACCGUAAAAAGGCCCCCCACAGGUUCAACAUUUACACAAGAUAAACUGUAUGGGAGGACUGAUAUUUUUAAGCACACUGUUAAUGCACUCGCCAGUAGCACAUACCUUGGUGAAACCCUUUCUGUUCUGCCUUUUGUUGGUCCUGGGGGUAUUGGAAAGACAACCUUCACCCAACACUUGUAUAAUGAUAAAAGGACCGACAUACACUUUGCUGUCAAGGUCUGGGUAUGUGUUUCAACUGAUUUUGAUGUGCUUAAGCUCACCCAGGAGAUCCUUAGCUGCAUACCUGCAAUUGAACAAGAAAAAUACAACUGUACAAUUGAAACAGCCAAUUUGGAUCGGCUUCAAAAAUCCAUUGCAGAGAGACUGAAGUUCAAAAGGUUUUUAAUUGUCCUGGAUGAUAUAUGGAAAUGCAACAGUGAGGGUGAUUGGAAAAACCUGUUAGCUCCAUUCACAAAGGGGGAAACCAAGGGCAACAUGGUUCUUGUGACAACUCGAUUUCCAUCCAUAGCACAUUUGGUGAAAACAACUGAUCCAGUAGAAUUGCGUGGUUUGGAGCCUAAUGACUUCUUCGCAUUCUUUGAAGCAUGUAUAUUUGGUCAUAGCAAACCCAGGAAUUAUGAAGAUGAGUUAAUUGAUGUUGCAAGAGGUAUUGCAAAGAAAUUAAAGGGUUCACCACUAGCAGCCAAUACAGUUGGUCGGUUAUUGAAGAAAAACCUCUCUCGGGAAUAUUGGAUGGGAGUUCUUGAAAAGAAUGAGUGGCAAAAUUCAAAAUAUGAUGACGAUAUCAUGCCAUCUCUUAAAAUUAGCUAUGAUUACCUUCCUUUCCAGCUUAAAAAAUGUUUCUCAUAUUGUGCCCUCUUUCCCGAAGAUCAUAGGUUUUAUAAUUUAGAAAUAACUCAUUUUUGGACUGCAGUAGGUAUCAUAGACUCUAGUUACCAAAACAAUAAGAAUUUCUUAGAAGAACUUGUGGACAACGGUUUUCUCAUGAAGGUAUCUAAUAAAUUUGGUCAAUACUAUGUGAUGCAUGAUUUAUUGCAUGAACUAUCUCGGAAUGUUUCAUCACAAGAUUGUAUCAAUAUAAGUAGUUUAAGUUUUACAGCUGAUAGCAUCCCACAAUCUAUUUGUCACCUAUCAAUCACCAUAGAAGAUAUAUAUGAUGAAACUUUUGAAGAAGAAAUGGGUAAAUUGAAGAGCAUGAUAGACAUUGGAAAUUUGCGGACUUUGAUGAUUUUUCGAUUAUAUGAUGCAAGAAUAGCUAAUAUUUUGAAAGAUACAUUUGAAGAAAUAAAGGGUCUCCGAGUUCUUUUUGUACCCAUCAACACUCCACAAUCUUUGCCGAACGGCUUUUCAAAUCUUAUCCACCUCCAGUACCUUAAAAUUAGUUCACCUUAUGGCUUAGAAAUGUCUUUACCUAGCGCGUUAUCUAGAUUCUACCACUUGAAAUUCUUGGACCUAAUUGGUUGGUAUGGUAGUAUAAAAUUGCCUGAAGACAUUAACCGCCUUGUGAAUUUACGUCAUUUCGGUUCUUCCAAAGAACUCCAUUCAAAUAUUCCUGAGGUUGGAAAGAUGAAGUGUUUACAGGAGCUAAAAGAAUUCUAUGUUAAGAAAGAGAGUGUUGGGUUUGAAUUGAGGGAGCUGGGGGAAUUGAGAGAGCUUGGAGGAGAACUACGUAUAUGCAAUCUUGAAACCGUGGCAUCCAAAAGAGAAGCUAAUGAUGCCAAACUGAAGAACAAAAGAAAUAUGAAAGGGUUGCGAUUAAUUUGGGGUACAGAGCACCAGACUGUAGAUGAUGAUGUUCUUGAUGGUCUUCAACCACACCAUAAUAUUAGAGUGCUUGGUAUUAUAAAUCCUGGUGUUGCCCCUUGCCCUAGUUGGUUGUGCGGUGAUAUUAUUAGCACAACAAGCUUGGAGUCUCUCCAUCUGGAGGGUGUAUCUUGGGAUACUCUUCCACCUUUUGAGCAGCUACCACACCUCAACAAACUCAUUUUGAAGAAUAUUGCUGGCAUGCGUAAUUUUGGGCCUGGCUUUUAUGGUGCUACAGAGAGAAGUUUCAUGAACUUGAAGACAAUCGUGUUUGAGGCAAUGCCAGAACUUGUUGAGUGGGUCGGGGAACCUAAUAGCCGUUUGUUUUCAAGACUUGAAAGCAUCAAGUUUGAAGAUUGCCCCUUUCUCUGUUCAUUUCCCUUCUUGGAAUCCUCUGUCCAUUUCACCAACCUGUGUGCACUUGAUAUUAUUAAGUGCCCUAAGUUGUCUCAGCUGCCCCCCAUGCCUCACACUUCCACACUAACAUCUAUUCGCGUGAAAAAUGAUGGAUCACGUCUGUCAUAUGAUGGAGAGGAAUUGUCUAUUGAAGGCUAUACCGGUGCUUUGGUCUUCCAUAAUAUGGAUAAAGUAGAGGUUAUGGAAAUUGAAGAUGUAUCACACAUUUUUUUGUCAGACCUCCAAAAUCAAAUCUCCCUGAGAAAUCUAUCUAUCGUGAGCUGCGACAGCAUGUUCUCUGUAAAACCAGAUAACUGGGCUGUCUUCCGUUCAGUUCAGAUUCUUGCCCUACACGAUCUAUGUAUCUCCGGAGAAUUGUUUUCAAAGGUUUUGAAAUGUUUCCCAGCUCUUUCAAAGCUCACCAUCAGGGAGUGUGAGACACUGUAUCUUCCGCCUGUGGAGGAUGGAGGACUCUCAGACCUCAGGAUGCUACAAUCAUUCGAAGGAUCAAUAUGUAGGGAGAUGUUCUCUCAGUGGCACAUGGGAGAAGUAGAAGGAGCUCAUACCAUCAACCCUUUUCCUAGUUCGCUCAGGAAGCUUGAUAUUUCAUAUGACUCAAGCAUGGAGUCAAUGGCUCUGCUCUCAAACCUCACAUCUCUCACCGAUCUUUCUCUGAUGUGCUGUGAUGAAUUAACGAUGGAUGGGUUCAAGCCUCUCAUCACAGUCAAUCUGAAGAAGUUGGUCGUUCAUGGUUCCUGUAUGAAUGGAGGGAAUAUCUCUAUAGCAGCGGAUCUUCUCUCAGAGGUGGCAAGGAGCAAAUUAAUGCACGAAGGCUCAUUCCAAUUGGAAGAAUUGAAGGUGGAUAGCAUCUCGGCAGUGCUUUCUGCUCCCGUUUGCAGCCACCUUGCCGCUACCCUCCACAAGUUAGAUUUCUGGUAUGAUCUGCAGGCGGAAACCUUCACGGAAGAGCAAGAGCAAGCGCUUCAGGUCCUCGCCUCCCUCCAACAUCUUGGAUUUUAUGAGUGUGGUCGCCUGCAGUUCCUCCCUCAAGGAUUGCAUCAACUUUCUUCUCUUAGGCAACUAGUAAUCCAUAGUUGUGGUAAGAUACAAUCACUACCACCCAAGGAGGGCCUCCCAACUUCACUGCGAAACCUACUAGUAUGGUCUUGCAAUCCCGAGCUAACUGAGCAAGCCGAGAAGCUGAAAGGAACAAACCCAUGUUUUACCAUAGAAGUAGUCGGGUAUUCUGCACGAUGAAUCCUUCCAGCAUCGUGGAACUGGCGGCAUCAGGAUCACACAUCGAAUGUCUCUGCUAGUUGCAUGCAAAAUCAACUUCUGCUCGUGAUUUCAUUCACAGCCACUUCCAUAAUUUGGAUUGCUUCCUUUUUUAUGUUCAUGUUGCAAUCUACGUCCAGCUAAUUCACCACGAAGCAAAUUAAGUCCCCAUGAAGGAGCAACUGCCCAAGCAUGUUAUUCUGAAGAUUAAAUGACAUCAUAUGCUGUGUCGAGAUUCCAGGAUCAAAUAAUGAUCAAUGUCGUGGAACAGCAACCGCUGGGAGGGAGUAGCCCUUUGGGUAGGCUCCGCAGGAUCAACAACCAUGGCUGCACGGUGUGCAAAAACAUGUUGACAGCCACCUCUUUGCCCAACGCCAAACUCCUUCCACGACUCACCUCUUCCUGCACGGUGAGGAGUCCGUCGCUGCUGAUAAAAGCACAGCACCUUCCUCGACGUCCUCUGAGGUCUGGGGGCGGCCGCUGUGGCCUGUACCACGUCUCCACCUGCUCCGACUCCUGGGUUAACCUCGCCACCUUGGACCCCAGCACGGCCUGGGCCCGCAUCGCUGGCGUAAAUUGGGGCACCUCUUCUGUAGGAUGACCUGAUAUUAAUUUCAGAGCUCCCGGCAGCUUGAUUUGCAUGUUUUGAGACAUCCAUCAAUGUUGUCAUCUCAUAUACCCCUGGAUUGCUUGGACAAGUGCAACAUUGAAGAUGGCAAGUCUUACAGAUUGAUCUAGCCAUCCUUUGUAUAAUAUUUUUGGCAGAUUGAUGCAAAAUUUAAGCAAGCCUGCGUUUACAGCCAGGUUCUGGGUGGCUCUACUUGUUGUUGUCUGAUACUCCUAUACAGUACAGCCAAGUACUUGAUACCACCAAACAGGCAAACAGGAGCUUGGUUGUCAUGUAAACUGAAGCAGCAGCACGAUGCCUGAAGGCUGAAGGCAGCACAGGAACUAUUUCGAUGCCUGUUGUUGGCUGAAGGCAGCACAUGUACUUGCAGAAACUGUUUCGAUGUCGAGUUAGUGAGCACUGACUUGGUCGUGCCUAAAAACGUGUCAAACGAGUCUGUACUUUGUCCACGUGUGCAUGAUUGGGCGGGAGGAGUACGUACGUGGCACCACUGAACAUGAAGCCGUGUCUGGACUCUGCUUGCUUGCUUUGCCAAUUAAUUGGGCAAGCGAUGGAUAGCAACUGAAAGAAAGGGACAGAGAUUUAAGAAGAAAGCUGAAAGAAAUGGACGGCGACCCAAACGCUUAGGCGCCAACGCCAACGCCAACGCUGCCGAUAAAUCGGCCACAGGUGUUUGGUCGCCUUGGUGGAUCUCCGGCCGGCCGGCUUAUAUAAGCAAUCCAAGCUAGCCGCGUCUCCCAAAUUAAGCCAAAGUCCACCACCAACCACAGCACAAGGAAGGGGAAGCAAAAGUCAAGGAAACCUCUCACUCGCUCGAUCGAUCCGCCUCUGCUGCACAAGCAAAGCUAGCUGCAGCUGAGUUUUUCAUGGCGUCUGCCGCGACGAUGCGGCGCCGCCGGACACGCUCCACGCAGGACUGCCUCGACCCCAUCCCCGAGGAAGACGACGACGUGCCUACCGGCUCGCCCAGCGCCCACACCACCAGCAGCAGCGGCCGCCGAGAAUAGGGACCAGAAUUAAUUAAGCUGGACUAGUUACUAAUUAGGCGCUGGGGCCAAGUGAUGAAGUGAAUAGUGGCUUCACUAUUAGUUAGCGUGCGUCUUCGAUCUUCUCCUGUCCUGGCCUGUGUGUAGCUCCCUGACAAAUACACAUGUGUGCAGCAGUUCAUAUAUUUACUCCACCGAUCCAACCCAUGGAAGAACCGGCUCGACCGGCUCCACCGAGACAAAUACACAUGUCUCGUGUUCUCUAACUGUAAGCUCGACCGGCUCUUGAGCUGAAAGCUUGAAACUGCAUGCAUGCGUUAACAAAAAUGUUAUGGUACGCCCCCGUAUAAAUACAUUAUGCGGUUUUGCUGCCUCUAUCUCCAAAUAUACUCAGAUGUAUAUGCAGCAAAACAGUAUAGCUCUUGGUCUUGAUUAAUGUUAAUUACUGAGAUGUAAUUCAUGUAUGUAAAUAAAUGGGGAUGCAGCGCAGCGUGCAA